AUGGACUGUUGCGCACAUGGUUCCGUGCGCCUCUCGUUCCCUGGAUAUUUACGCAUCGCGCUGCUGUGGCUCGUGCAAUUACAAGCGUUCGCCCAACACGCUCAAGAGUGUUACCCAGGAGGCCACCGGAUUUUGCGUGACGCCUACCGGAGCAUUGACUUUGACUCCACAGAGAUCCAGAACACUGCCAUCCAGGACCUGAUCUGUGACCACUCCCUGUCGCAGGGCUGGUACAGAUUCAAGAUCAACAACAAGCCGGCGGAGAUGCCGACCACCUGCGUCGAGAUGAACCGCUGCGGUACACAGGCCCCGGUGUGGCUGUCACUGAAGGACACCUCCCUGCCGCGGCCCGGCGAGGUCCGCCAGCUCUCCGCCUGCGCCACCUGGCAGUUCUUCCACGGCAGCACCAAAGACUGCUGCCUCUUCCGCAUUCCCAUCACGGUGCGGAACUGCGGCGAGUUCCUGGUCUACUACCUCCAGCCCACGCAGGGGUGCAUGGGAUACUGCGCUAAAGUUUCUCCCAAUUUGGGGCCGAGACUCUGCCCGACAGGCGAGGUGGAAGUCAACGGCCAAUGCAAAGCUGCUGUCCCAUCCCUCCAAUAUCGGCCGGUGAUCGCCCCGGAGCUGGUCGGCCACAGCGUCCACUUGAGGUGCUCCUUCAUCCCGCCGCCGUGGAGCCAACCGCUGGUCUUCCAGGUGGUUUGGGCCAGACACGUCGGCCACAACAUGAAGGCUGAGAUCCGGCAGGAGACCACUCUGAAGGCCUACUCUCUGGUGGAGAUGGAUGGGGUUCACUUCAGGCUCGGGGAAACGUUCUCCUGCAGCGUGUCGACUUUCAGAGCCAACUCCAGCCGCAGCAGAUCUACUCCGAAAGAAAGCGAGAGUUUCUAUGCCGGACUGAAGUUUUCUCCCGAGUCGCUCCACAUAGCAGAGAACGGGAAGGAGCACGAGGUGACCGUCCACAGCACGGUGCCCAUCCCCUGCUACAACACCAACCAGGGCCACCAAUGUGGAGUCCCUCUGGCUCUGAGCGUCCACGACCCAGACAGUCUCGGACACGAGGCCUCCGAUGUGGCGCUGUCCGCCUGCCAGGUGGAGGUCCAAACUACCGCCUGCAGCAAUGGCAGCUGCGGUCGGUCGUUUUUCGUCACCGCUGUCACCGAUUUCGCACGAGAUGGGAACCGUCCCAGUCUGAUAGGUGCUCUGCCGGGACCCAGCGCACCACGACUCUGGAGGAACUACAUCCCAGUGUCGUUAAAAGUCACGGUCCAGGACGUUCCCACUUCCAUCUGCUACUCUCUGACUGACCCACAUGUCAUUACCCUGGACGGCAGGCGUUAUGAAAACCACCAGACCGGCACCUUUGUCCUCUACCGGAGCCUCGCCAGGACGUUCGAGGUCCAUUCCCGUCAGUGGGACUGCGGCAGCCGACACUACGCCGUUGCGUGCAACUGUGGCAUCGCGGUGCGGGAGGGGAACGAGGUGGCCAUCUUUGACAUGUGCAACGGGCAGCCGCAGGAGACCAGACCGCAGCUAUCCCUGAAGAGCCUCGGCGAUGAGGAGGGCACUCGGGUCAGGGUGCUGGAGUCCCACCAGGGGAAGAAGGUCACCUUGAUCUUUCCCUCCGGGGCCUUUGUUAGGGCCGAUGUUGGCGAUUGGGGGAUGAGCCUGUCCGUCCGGGCGCCCAGCGUCGACUACGGCAACACGAAAGGCCUCUGUGGCACCUUCGACCACAAUGUCAACAAUGAUUUCCACAGCUCUGACGGUGUCUUCUAUGGACCUGAUGAGCUGCAUCGCUUCAUACAGGACUGGAGGAUAGCCCCAGGUGAGAGUUUAUUUGACAAGACACCUCCAGGGAUGACACCGGAGGUCAGGAGGCCUUUCUGUCAGUGCCGGAACGAGUACAGCGCUUCUCAUCAUGCCGGCAGAGGGAUGAGGAACCUGUACGGUCCCUCUGCUCAUGCCGACUGCAUAGCUCACGAUAAUGUGGAUUACACAUCAGUCUUCCCCUCCAUGGACACGACGGUGGAAUACAUCAAGAGUCCAGGGAGAGAGGAGAGCAUCCUGGAUAUGACUGACUUUAAUAGUCAUCCUCUGGAGAGGAGGCACCUUCAGUUUCCCGGUGAAAACGGAGACAGUGAUGCUGAACUGGACAGCGAGUUCAGGGAGGAUCAUCUGCUUUCCGUUGACAGGGAGAGGAGACAGGCAUCAUUUGAAUUCCAGCCUGUGUUUGCGGCUCAAAGCCUCAGUCCGGCUGAUCUGGAGAACUUGGCUUAUUUUUUCCCUGAGGAUCACCUGGCAGAGGCCCGACCGCAGGUCCAACCCCAGUGGCCCACCCCGAGUGGCCUCACCUCGGCCAAGGCUCUGGAGGUGUGUCAGAUGGCUUUGUCCAACUCCACUGUCGGCACGGUAUGUCGGGGGCUGCUGGGACGCCGACUGGACGAGGCGGUGGAUCUCUGCAUCCUGGACCUGCAGCUCAAAGACGAUUUGGGCUGGGAGGAGGCCCUGCUGCCGCACCUGGAGAACGAGUGCGAGAGGAGGCUGCUGGAGAACCGGACCCAGAGAGCUUUGGCGGAGGCAGGUCCACCGGGAGUGUCUGGGGAAGUGGUCACGGCACUGCGCUGCCCCAACUUUUGCAAUGGGAAUGGAGAGUGUACGGAAUGGGGCUGCCAGUGCUAUCCCAGCCACAGCUUCUAUGACUGCAGUCUGGCCAUCAGCCAGCCAGUAGAGUUAACUGAUCUGGAGAACAGUGGAUUAUGUGACAUCCGAGCGUUUGACUGUCGCAACGUCCGAGUCUUUGGCCUCGGCUUCAUCGACUCUCCUGACCUCAGCUGUCACGCCACUAGACUGAAGUACAUGAAUGGAGUUUGGGUCGCAGGAGAAAAACAGAGAACCAAAGCCACCUUCCUCAGCUCCAAAGCUUUGGACUGUGUCGUCCCGUCUUUGAGCAACACCGCCGUCAACACAGAAGAUUUCAUGAUGGAUGACAAGCCAUACGCACGCUGGGAGAUAAAGGUGACCAACGACGGCUCCCAGUACAGCCAGGCCAAGGUGCUGACCAUCUACGAUGGCGUCUGCCAGGUCUGCGCGGCAUCGCGCUCAGGACUCUGUAAGUUAAAGGAGCGAACGUGUAACAUCGAUGGGAUGUGUUUUGCAGAGGGAGGCUCCAAUCCCAGCAGCCCUUGCCUCCUGUGUGACCCGGCCACCUCCAAAUUCACCUGGUCUGUGAACCAAGUCAAUGAGCCGCCGGCCUUCCACCGACCUCAAAGUGACCUGCGGACUUUUGCCGGGGAGAACUUCGUCUUCCAGUUCGCGGCCUCUGACCCCGAGGGCUCGGCGCUCCUCUUCCAACUGGAGGAGGGUCCGGCGGGGGCCGUUCUCUCCCCAGCAGGCCUCCUUAUCUGGAGGGUCCCGCUGCUUCCAGGGGAGAGGGGCCAUCAGUCCAGGCGCUCGUUCCGCUUCACGCUGUCCGACGAGUGCAACGCCCAGAGCACCUUCACUGUGGAGGUUGACGUGGUGCCGUGUGGUUGUCAGAAUGACGGCACGUGCGUGACCGACGUCAACUUCCCCGCCGGCAGUGGGAGACACCUGUGCAUGUGUCCUGAGGGUAAGCAGGGGGACCUCUGCGACGAGGACAGGGACGAGUGUCUGUCGGCUCCGUGCACGGCCGGAAAGUGUGUCAACACGGCCGGGGGGUACAGAUGCGAGUGUCCUGCAGGGUUGAGAGGCAUCACGUGUCUGGAAGAUAUCAAUGAGUGUGAGAGAAAUCCCUGUUUCCCUCGAGUCCAGUGCCUCAACAGCUUUGGCUCCUACGGCUGCGGUCCCUGCCCUAAAGGCAUGCUGGGAAAUGGGACAAAAUGUGUGGCAGUCGCCAGGCCGGCCUCCAUCACUCCCACAUCUGCUCCUCGGACGACUGUCUCCAACACGCCAGAUGUUCUGCUGCAACUCCCCAAAAAGACAGACACUUUCCGGAAGACGAUUCCAGGAAUUGAUCUUAGUCGAUCACAAGCCAAGACCACCUGGAAAGAGACUCCAGGAAUUAGCCUGAAUCCAAGCCUAGCUAAGGCGGCAGCCAACAAGAGCAUCACAGCGACAACAUCAAGCGUCUCCCACACAACGACUGAAGCUUUGGAAAGACACCAAGGACUUGACUUCCAGCUUCCCGGGACAAACACAGAUACCAUAAAGAACAUCUCAGGAAUUACACCGGACCAAGUCGAGGCGGAUCAGCCCAAAAUCAGCAACACAAUAGUCAAGACAGCCACUGCAGCCCAACCAACAGGAAGUGGUAGAUCACCUCCAGGAUCAGCUCCAUUGCCGCCCGUCAACGUGUCGGCGACAUGUGCCAGCAGGCCCUGCUUUCCCGGGGUCCAGUGCAUCAACCGCAGGCCGCCGCAUGUCGGCUUCGUCUGUGGCCGCUGCCCCCCCGGCCUUUACGGCAACGGACGCGUCUGCAUGAAGAACGCCAGGGCAGCAUCCAAUCACCUCCCUCAGCAGCAGACAGACGGCAAGACCAGCCGAUCCUCGCAUGGAAGCAUCAGCAAAGUCUCGCAGCUCCACCUGCCCAACCUGCCGUCCAGACACGGCAUCAAACACCUGUCCUCCUUGACCGCCACGAGGCAAAACCAAGAUGACACGCCGCGCCAGGUUCCCUUGUCCGGGAGGGGGGGCGGCACUGGGAGGAGAGAGGCAGUCCCUGCUUCCAGAGGUGUGACAAGAACAUCAGCGAGCGCCCUCCAUGUCACGGCAAACACUCCCAACAGCCGCCAAAGUGCCAACCCCAGGUCAGAGGUCAAGACAUACGCGACAACUCGCAACGCUGCCUCGAGAGAGGUUGUGGUUCCUCGUGUGACCGUCUCCCAGGCUGCAGCAGCACUGACUGCUGUCACACCUUUAAGGGUAACUCCUCCCGCUCCUCACCUCUCCACUCGGGAAGUGACGCAAUCAAAACAGGCAACUAAGCCUCAGCUCAACCACGUGGUGUCAACCCAUGCCAAACCCUGGACCCGUCCGAGACCGGUGCUCCCACUGACAGCGGCCCUGACCGCUCUGUCCUACUCCCUGUCUGAGACCGAGUUCUCUGCCGACGGGGACGAGGAUGAGUCUGGACUUGAGGGCUCAGAGAUCACGCAGAUGGUCCCGGCAUUGACCUUCCCAACGCCGGGCAAGAUAGGCUUCCCCAUACAGAGAGCGACCUCGGUACAGCCAGGAGUUCGUAGCGAACAAACGACUCACAAACACGUGACGACAUGCGCCAGUAUGCCGUGCUUUCCUGGCGUCCAGUGUGACCCAGCCGUGGAUGGUGGCUUCAGCUGUGGGAGGUGUCCAGUGGGAUACACCGGUGAUGGACGAGCCUGUCGAGCUGUCUGCAGGCAUACGUGUGGUAGGAACAUGGUGUGUGCCGCGCCAAAUACCUGCCGCUGCAAACCAGGCUUCACUGGAUCUGACUGUCAGACAGCAAUCUGUGAUCCAGAGUGUACCAACGGGGGCGUCUGCAUUGCUCCGGGUGUUUGUCAAUGUCUGAGAGGUUUUCAUGGAGAAACUUGCCAGGAUGCUCUGUGCAGGUCACCCUGUGAGAACGGAGGCACCUGUGUGAGUCUGCAGACUUGUUCCUGUCCCUAUGGGUUUGUUGGACCUCGAUGUGAAACCAUGGUGUGUAGCCGCCACUGUCACAAUGGAGGUCAGUGUAAGUCUCCGGAUGAGUGUAUGUGUCUGCAAGGCUGGACUGGAACAUCCUGUGAAACUGCUCUCUGCUCUCCGGUUUGCCUGAACGGAGGUUUGUGUGUUCAGCCCAGCAUCUGCGAGUGUCCUCAUGGUUUCUACGGAGCACAGUGUCAGAACGCCAUUUGCAGUCCUCCCUGUAAAAAUGGUGGCACGUGCAUGAGGAACAGCGUGUGCUCCUGUCUGCAGGGAUACACCGGGAGGCGCUGCGAGAAAAGUGUGUGUGAGUCCAUGUGUAUGAACGGCGGCAGGUGCGUGGGUCCGGACGUUUGCGAUUGUCCGUCCGGUUGGCGAGGGAAGAGAUGCGAUAAACCCAGCUGUCUGCAGAGGUGUUUGAACGGAGGAGAGUGUGUGGGUUCCAACACGUGCCACUGCACCCCCGGUUGGCAAGGCAUGCUGUGCCAGAUCCCUCAGUGUCAACAGAAGUGUCUGUACGGGAGUCGAUGUGUGCGACCAAACGUCUGCGCCUGCCGGAGCGGAUCCUCUGGCUCUCUCUGCUCCAGGAGGCUCCAGAUUGCCCACGGUUGA